CCUGUGACCACCUCCCUUAACCUCUCUUCACACACCUCCAUUUCAACCAAGCCAUAUAAGUCUUCAAUGGCACCAGAAAGAAAGACAUGCUCAAACACAAUGGAGAUGGAGAUGACUGAAACCGAGGAUGUAAUGGUUGAAAUCCCCGAUAAUCAACUGAUCAAUAGCAACAAUACUGAUGUGAUCGGGGAGUGGGUUGGCUGCAUUAGAGGCAAGGAGACCACCAGAGAUUACAAACGUCAAUGUCACAUCCAAAAAGUACCACCGUUACUCUUAGAAAGUGAGAAAGGUCGUAGAAACCGUGAGUACUACAAGCCUGCAGUGGUUUCACUCGGCCCGUACCACUAUAAACAAACCCGCCUUGCUGAAGCUGAGGAGUACAAACUCAUAACACUAGAAGAGUAUCGUUUGAGCACUGGAGAAACAAUUAGUUCACUAUACGACAAGGUGUCUGAGGUUGUACAUGACGCGAGAAAGUGCUAUAUUGAAGGUUCUACUGAUGCUUACAACGACGAGGAGUUCAAUCUAAUGAUGUUACGCGAUGGUUGUUUUGUUUUGUUCUUUAUUGAAUGCAUAUCUUGCGAAACAACACGUUAAUGCUAUAUAAUGAGUAUUUCGGCGCAUUAGGAUUUGCGAACGUUGCGCGUGAUAUUUUCUUGCUUGAGAACCAGAUCCCAUUUGUAGUACUUGAAGUUUUGUUAAAGUUGAAGUUCCCGGACGAUAAAGGCGAAGAUAUUCUAAACGGUUUCUUUAACUACUUAAACUAUGGCGAGGUGGUCAUUAGGGAUGAAAAGGUGCUCGGAAACAAGCAACCCCUUCAUCUUCUCGAGCUUUACAGGUCGUAUUUCAUCUCACUUUCGGCUUCUCUUGCUCUUGGUUUGCCUAAGACAUCGAUCAUGGGGCGAAGACGGAGUAAAGACAAGGAUGCAGCUGAAGAUUAUAAUUACAUUAAACGAAAUCGGUCGUUUGCUUCAGUAACAGAACUCAAAGCUAAAGGAAUAUUCUUGAAAUGCGCCCACGAUGAGUCUAAGAACGAAGGCAUUAAGUUCGACUCUCGUUUUUGCUACGGCGAGCUUGUGCUUGUGCGUAGAGUGGUGUCCCCAAAUACAAAAGCCAUAUACUUGAACAUGAUCGCGUAUGAGAUGUGUCCGCUUAACCCAAACGACUUUCGUAUAUCGACUUACCUUCGAGUAAUGAAAUCAUUGGUUAUUCAACGCGAUGAUGUGAAGGAGUUGCGGAAUAAUGGUAUAUUGAUUCAUAGUCUUGGUCGCGAUGAAGAUGUGGUGAAGAUGUAUGAUGAGAUUGAAGCACCUGCGGUUAAUCUUUACAUGUUUCAUCAGCUUCGACGAAAGAUCGAGACGCACUGCAAUAGCAUGUAUAAGACAUGGGUGGCGGAGCUGAUUACCGUGUACUUUAGUAGUCCAUGGAAGACAGUGGCUUUGUUGGUGGCUACUGCUAUUCUGUUCACUAGUUUUCUUCAGACUUACUUCACCAUCAGGCCAUUUCCUGAUGACUCCAAUGAGAAUAUUGUGAAGCUUCUUAGACAAUGCAUACACUUUAAGCCCCCACCAACACCUGCAUGAUUUGAAGAACGCUUUUAUUAUAUACACGCUGGCCACUAUAAGCAGCAACCACCUCAAGUCAGCGAUCUAUAUUUAACAGUGCCAGAAUUAAGGAACAACUGUAGUUGGACGUUGAAAUGCUUAGAGAUCUGAAGCAGUUUUCAAAUGAAGUUGAUGGAUUGUUUUAGUUUGGAUUUCUUUGCUGUUAUUAUUAGGGGACUAGGGGUGGUUCACUAGUGAUAGAAUUUAUCACUCACAAGCACCAAUCAAGUUUCGCCAUGUCAUCGACCAUUUUCCCAUCACU